CUCCUCACUCACUUAUAUUGUAAACCUAAGAGAGUCGAAGCUUUAGAAUUUCAGUUCGCCGCUGCGGCAGCAUAACAAGCAAAUAAAUAACCUUCUGCUGCAGCGAUCUUAUUUUGAAAUUCUUUCGCUUCGAUGGCUCGCUCUAUCUCCAACUCGAAGGUUCUUUCUGCUUUUGUCUCCGACUCCGUUUCUGCUUUUCUCAGCAGGCGUGGAUAUGCGGCGGCAUCACAAGGUGUGGUCUCCGGUGGUGCCAAAGGAGGUAUGCCAAGGAUGAUGCAAAAAAGUGGAGAGGAAUCAUCAGUGAAGACAUCAUGGGUGCCAGAUCCAGUUACUGGUUACUACAGGCCUGAGGGACAAGCUAAUGAGAUUGAUGCUGCUGAGCUCCGUAAAAUGCUCUUGAAGCACAAAUCUAGAAACAACUGAAGAAAAGCUAUGGAUCGAAAAAACGAAGCUGCGGCU